AUGUUUAUUUCAAAGAACAAUAAUAAUGAAGAAAAAUUUCAAUCAAAUACCUCACAAUCACCUCAACGACAAUCGCCACCAUAUGGUGAUACAUAUAGUGAUAAAUUAUCUCAAUCUAUAACAAAAGGAGUUAAAAAAAUUCGUAUUGUUAUUAUGCCGAAUUAUCAUUCUCAUCAACAAGUUACUGAUUCUGUUAUAAAUCAAUCAAUUCUUAUCGUGUAA